AGAAGAUUGUAUGCUACUUCGGUAGUUGGGCUGUUUAUCGACCUUCUGGAGGCAAAUUUGAUAUUUCUCUCAUUCACCCAAAUCUUUGCACCCAUCUGAUCUAUGGCUUUGUUGGCAUCGGUGAUGAAGGCGAUAUUCGAGUUUUAGACUCGUGGCAAGAGCUUCCCGAUAAUUGGGGCCAGGACGCCUUUGGAAAAUUCAACAAGCUUCGCGAACAGAGCCCCACAACUAAAACGCUUAUUGCUAUCGGUGGAUGGAACGAGGGAUCCGCUAAAUUCUCUUCUGUCGUAGCCAACCCGACUCUUCGUUCGAAAUUCGUCAAGAAUAUCGUCGAGUUUGUGAAGAAAUACAAUUUCGAUGGUUUCGAUAUCGAUUGGGAAUACCCGAACCAGCGUGGUGGGAAACCGGAGGAUAUGCAAAACUAUAUAAGCCUGCUGAAGGAACUCAGAUCUCAAUUCGAUAAACAUGGACUAAUUCUCAGUGCUGCCGUUGCUGCUGCCGAGAAUUCCGCCUCUUUGUCCUACAAUAUCAUGGAAAUGUCCAAAUAUCUAGAUUUUAUCAACGUUAUGACGUACGAUCUUCAUGGCGCUUGGGAGUCAAUCACUGGUCACAACGCUCCGCUUUAUUCGCGCAAGAACGAGUUUGGAAAUGAUCUUAAGCUCAACGUUGUGAGUGAUCUCGGAUUCGACAUCCAACACAACAAAUGGAUGUUCGAAAGGUGUCUUUAG